GUGUGUGUGUGUGUGAGUGUAAGUGUGUGAGCGUUGAGGGAAGCAGGAGAGUUCGGCGCUCGGGGGAAGAGAUCAACGAGAGUUCGGACGCAGGGAGCGCAAACAGACUUCAUCACAAAAUCAUCCUGCUCGUUCAGUCCUGCAGGUUCCUCUGUAAACUAACCUGAGUUGACUGAGGCAACAUCAAGGCUGAAGGGAAUCUGGGAAAAAAAACAGCACUGGCAUCGCAGUCACAACACAGACCCUACGAUCACAUUUCAAAGAACCUGUUUUUCUGGUCUUUUGUCCUCUGAAAGGAUCCGGUAGUGAAACGCCAUGGCAUCGAAUGGUAAUAGUAUUGAUCUCCAGCCAACCAAAAACAACGUCCCUCCUGCUCCCAAUUACGGUCAAGUUCCAGUUCCACCAGGUUACGUGCCCCCUCAGGCACCUGUGAUGAUGCCUGUCCCUCAGAGACCACCUGGCUGUCCCCCUGGACUAGAGUACCUGACCCAGAUUGACCAGCUCCUCGUCCAUCAGAAAAUUGAGUUGGCUGAGGUUAUUUUAGGCUGGGAGACCAAUAAUAAGUAUUUGGUGAAGAACACACUCGGUCAGCAGGUGUUUUAUGUGGCAGAGGAGAACAACUGCUGCAACAGACAGUUCUGUGGACCCAUGCGCUCCUUUGUCCUCCAUGUGCAGGACAACAUGGGUCAGGAGGUCAUGACUCUCUUACGGCCUUACAGAUGCAGUGCUUGCUGCUGCCCCUGCUGUCUGCAAGAGCUUGAGGUCCAGGCUCCACCGGGCACGCCGAUUGGAUAUGUGGUUCAGAACUGGCACCCUUUCUUACCCAAAUUUACAGUUCAGAACGAGAGGAGAGAGGGAGUCCUGAAGAUUAAGGGUCCGUUCUGUGCCUGUAAUUGUUGUUCGGAUGUGAAUUUCGAGAUUAUGUCUAUGGACGAAACCGCAAAUGUGGGCAGGAUCUGCAAGCAGUGGACAGGCAUAUUGCGAGAAGCCUUUACUGAUGCUGACAACUUUGGCAUUAAGUUUCCCAUGGACCUGGACGUGAAGAUCAAAGCUGCUCUUUUCGGGGCCUGCUUUCUCAUCGACUUCAUGUACUUUGAAAAUAACCAGAACAAUAAGUGAGUGGAACGUCGCUACCUCUUGUCUUCACUCUGAGGGGAACCCCCAUGGCAGGAUUUACUGGACCUCCUUGCAGUUUGAUACCCACAAAAGACAUGAAUGGAAAUAAAUAAUAUUAAGUUUUUGUAUUUUUUCAUAUAAAAAUUCCCUCUAUA